GCAUCCAGCGCGUCCUACCUCUCGCUCUGUGUUGCACUUCUCGAUCUACUCUCUGUCCCAUCCCCUCCGCUUUUGUAGAAAUGAAGUUCUUCGUUGCAGCAGCUGCUGGAGUGGUUCUGGGAGCCAGCGCUCCCGCGCUAGGAUUUGUGCAUGGCGGCGGCUCGAUGGUCGGCUCUGCGCAGUCGAGGUUUGCGGCUACCUCGGUGAGGGGGGGGCACAGCGCGCCGCGCGCGGCAGCGGCAGGGCAGCGGUCGUCGCGCCAAACGCUUGCGAUGGCCAACCCCAAGGUGUUCUUCGACAUCGACGCGGGGGGCAAAGACAUGGGGCGGAUCACUCUCGAGCUUCGAGCGGACGUCGUGCCCAAGACAGCAGAGAACUUCCGGCAGCUGUGCACCGGGGAGGGCCCCGUGAAGGGGUUCAAGGGGUCGAAGUUCCACCGCAUCAUCCCGCAGUUCAUGUGCCAGGGCGGCGACUUCACGGCUGGAGACGGCACCGGUGGCGAGUCGAUCUACGGCCGCACGUUCCCGGACGAGAACUUCGAGUUGUCGCACACCGGCCCGGGUAUCCUCUCGAUGGCGAACGCGGGCCCGAACACGAACGGGAGCCAGUUCUUCUUGUGCACCGUCGACUGCCCCUGGCUGGACGGGAAGCACGUCGUGUUUGGCAGCGUCGUGGACGGCAUGGACGUGGUGAAGAAGCUGGAGGCGCUCGGAUCGCCCUCCGGCAAGACCAAGACGGCUGUGACGAUCAAGGACUGCGGGGAGCUCUAAUAGCCUGGGAAAUCACUUUGUUGGCCUUGCUUGACGGGGGUGGAGGGGGUUGAGAGCGUCGCUAUUGUGGCUGUCUUGGCCGAUGAGGCAACAGCGGUACCGGUAACUGCUGCGUGUAGGCAAAGAACGCCAACUUCCAAACUCUUGUUCAUUGUUGUUGGAUAUCCUUUUUGUAUGUUGGCUUUUUUUCUAUUUACAGAGGAGCUGUACUCGGGUAGAGAACCAUCAGCAACAUUGUUGGUGGCCCCCAAGUCCGGCGGUGUUGCCAUAUGGCCGUACGAUUUGAUUGGUUGGUUGGACACCCGCCCGCCCUUUCUGCGGUUUGGUUGAUGGUCGUUUGUUGUUUCCCAAGAGCGUUUUCGUGCUCGCAAGACGGUUCGAUGAUGAACGCUGUGGGUACAUGUGGACGGCAUUUUUUUUUUUUUUCGGAAAAGGGGGGAUUUUUUUCGAGUAAAACAGGAUGUAGACGGGACAAGUGAGCGGAACAGAAUAAAUAGAUGAGAGAUAGAGGAUCGGAAAAAGAGUUGACCCGCUAUCCUCUAGCGCGUGGCGUAUAACCGCACGACGACCACCCAUGGUCGUCAUGAGUAGUGUGAGGGCGAGAGCAACCGCGCCAUCGGUCCUCUACCUUGGGACACGGUUUAUCCCCCCCCCCGCGCUGGAAAUCAAUAAAGUCUCGGGUGACUAUCGACGCCGUCUUCUGCUUCUUGUCCGCA